GGCGUUGCUAUACUUUGGAGCUACAUUCAAUCUGCCAAACUUUAGAUGAUUUUAUAUUACUUGGGGUUUAAUUCUAGGGAAAAUUCUUCGAUUUGUUCAUAUGAUAUGUCACUUAUGGAGUUCAAUCUUGUUUCUUUCAUAACAAGAAGAAUAUUUAUCUUUGUUUGGUUGCUUAGUAUCACUAAGAAUGAGUCCUUUUGUCUUUGCCACCACACAUUACCCCAAGUAAACUUUCUUUAUCUUUUUUUUUUUUAGAAUAAACUACACAUAAAUCAUGGAUAAACAAUAUUUUGUUGUUUUUAGAUCAUGCAUUGUGUACCUAUUGUCCUUUUUAAACAACUUCCACCUUGCAUUUUUGCCAAAGAAGUUACUAUUUUUUUUAAUUAAUCGACUUAAUGAGGACAUGACUUAAUAAUAUGUAGAAAAAAUGAAUUAUUAUAGAAAAUAAUGAAAAUUAGGUUUUCUGGGUUAUGUCCCAACUAUUUAGAAAUUUACAUUUAAUGAUUUUUUUCUCAAAUACUUUUUAAAUAUUAUUUAUCUAGACAACAUUUUUAACUGGUUGCUUCAAGGCUUCUACGAAGGGGGAUUCGUUUCUUUAUCGUACUCCCAAAAUGUAAAAUAACUUCACUAAACGGGUAUCUUGUAAAUUCAAUCAUACAAUCACUAACAUCUGAAAAAGAAAGACAAACAUUCUCUUUAUUAUAUUUUUCCAAAAAAUUCACCUUAGAAUCUUGCACGAUACCACCUAAGAUUUUUAAUCUUUUUCAAUACAUUCAUAAAAUUUAUAUAUUGUUUUCACAACCAAGUGUGUGCCAUAAGCACGAAAGCCACACUCCCCCAAGUGUUCUACAUAAUCUUUUUUUUUUACAAAUUUAUAUCAUGGUUUAUGAAUCUCCUAAAACACUGGAGGUUUGCAAUGUUAAAAAAGAAAAUAACAAAGUUAGCCGUUUGCAAAGAGCUCAAUGGCUUCGAGCUGCCAUUUUAGGAGCCAAUGAUGGGUUAUUAUCCACUACAUCUCUCAUGAUUGGUGUUGGUGCAGCUCAAGAGGGUCAAUGGUUCAUGAUCCUUUCUGGUCUCGCCGGAGCAGUCGCCGGAGCUUGCAGCAUGGCUGUAGGUGAAUUCGUUUCCGUUUCAACUCAAAGAGACAUUGAAAUUAGUGUGAAUCAAGAACACCGAUCAAAAGAAAACUCAAGCUUACAAGAAAUCAAGAUUGAAACCCCUAAAAAUGAUCAACCCAUUGCUCCGGUGAGAACUCCAGCGAUGAAGGUGGUGACAAAGAUGAAAGAAGAAGAAGAAAAUGAAGUUUUACCGAAUCCUUACAAGGCGGGGGCGGCUUCUGCAUUGGCGUUUCUGUGUGGUUCUGUGUUUCCUUUGGUGGCGGCUAUGGCGGUUGGUGAUUAUACUGCUAGAAUUGUGGUGGUGGUGGUCGUGGCGUCGGUGGCGUUAGCUUUGUUUGGCGGGAUUGGGGCGGUGGUGGGUGGGUCUUGUGUGAGGUCUUCUGCGACUAGGGUUCUGGUUGGAGGGUGGAUUUCAAUGGUUGUUAGUUAUAGUUUGUUAAAGCCAUUGGAUGGUAUUACUGAUAGGAAAAUGGGUAAAAGUGAUUGAUUUUAUAAAGGGGAAUAAAUUUUAGCAAGUGGAUUUUGAUGUUAUGAAAUAUGUUUAACCUAUAAAUGUUAAUAUGCUUUGGGUAUCA